AUGACGAUCUUCUCGGACGACCUGUACCAUGUGAAAAGCUCCAUAGUGCAAAAGCUCAUUGCUCUUUUCGCAACAUCUUGCUCAAUGUGGGUACUGGACCUCGGCACUUGUGCAAUUCACAUGGACAACAAGCCACACCGUUACCAGCCAACCAAGAGACAGCGAUCGUCUCCCGACCAGCAAAGUGACAUUGACCAAUACAACUCCGACACCACCAAUGAAGAACCACCUAAAAAGCGAACACGUCGAGUUGUGGACUCCAGCACCACGUGUGCACCUGAGCAGUUGCACUGCCGCUAUGCCAACAAAAAGUGUCUAAACCCACGCGCCGUUAAGCGCACAGGCGGUUUGCACACCUUUUGUGCCAUGCACCGCGCCAACGCCAACCGAAAUCAGCGUCGUCUGGACAUGCGUAAGCGCAUGGCUCGACAAGCCUUGAGAGCUCAGUCCGAGGCCGGUCAAGAGCCUUCGAUCCCCACUGCAACUACCCCUCGACACCAAUCAGCUUCGAAGACAGAAGCUGUCGCGUCGCCUUCGUCUCCUCCAGGACAAUACGAUUCUCGCUUUGAACCGCUGCAGACUCCCACACCACUGCAGGAAGAAGACAUUUCGACUUUGGUGACGCUGUUUCUACCCUCGGGGACUGCUGCGUUCGAUUUUUAUGCUAACGCCCCGAUGGCUCCCACGACGCCUUACGACUGGUCUUCCUCGACUAGUACUGGCGGAAGAACUUCAUCGCCGCCACCGCCGCCUUCAGGCGGCAUGCGGUUUUAA